CAUCAACCAUAUAUAACGAAGUAAAACAAUGUCACUGACAGUUGGAAAGACUGAUAAAUAAUAUAUAUUUUUACCGAACUUACUUAACUAGCGUUAACCGAGCAAACCGUCUGUUUUUGACGCUCCUCUUUCGGACUGAAAUGGCGAGUACUCUCGUGUCGAAGUUGUUUCGUCCCCAUGUGUUCACACAGCUGGCGUCUCUCCGGUCGGUUUGCGUGCCUCGACAGAAGGCAGCGGGGAUCAGGCUUCUCUCCAGCGAUCCGCCACCGGAGAACGUCAGUCGGUAUCCAGUUCCGUACAGAAAAGAUCUACCUUAUGACCUGGUAGAGGUAAUGGAGGAAGUUGAGUCAAAGGGAGGCUUUUUGCCCAAUGUCUUCAAAACCCUUUCUCAUAGACCAGCAGAGUUCAGAGCCUUCUUUGCUUACUACACUGAACUAAUGAACAAAGAGACAGGCGGAUUGACCAAGGCAGAUCGUGAGCUGAUUGUAGUAGCUACCAGUGUCCACAACAAAUGUCUUUACUGUGUGGUAUCCCACAGUGCAUUGCACCGCAUCUACUCUAAGAAACCCACUCUUUGCGAUCAGGUCGUUGUUAACUAUGAGAAUGCGGAGCUGUCACCUCGGGAGAGAGCCAUGCUGGACUUUGCGAUGGCUGUGUGUCGCAGCGACGCCAUCACAGAGCAGCAUUUCCAGUCUUUGGAGGAAGUGGGCUUUGACCGUGACGAUGCGUGGGACAUCGCUGCCAUCACUGCUUUCUUCGCCAUGUCCAACCGGCUCGCCCACCUCACCGACAUGAGGCCAAACUUAGAAUUUUACAACAUGGGCCGUAUACCAAAGGACAAGAGCAAGGACAAGGGGAAAGUGAAAGGGGAGUAGCAUUACAAGAUCAUUGAUAUUUUUGUAAAUGCCUCAAAUCAAUCAAAAGUCUCCGAAGUGUUUUUUUGCCGGCCCUCCACUUUGAGCAUAGUACGUCAAAUUGAGGAUUUUGCAAAGCUCCCCUAAGUAUAUGUGCUGUAGAUGUAAAUUGUGUCUUAAUCCAUAUCAUUUUUGAUUGUGUGACUUUGACAUUUUGAAUUUUAGGCGGCUCUGGUUGUGGGGAAAUGUUUUUUUUUUUUUUGCAGCUGGUUGUUCAUUACAUUACAUUUACUGAAAAUGUCAUCGUUGCCUUCUGACUAUCAUGUUUGUGUCUUAUGAAACAUAAUCGCUCGAAACUCCGAAUCUCAAGCCAGCUCUUUAUUUCCUUGUUCACAAGUUGAGUGCUUGGUGUUGCUCAAUGCAUUGUUACUGUGACUACCAGGAGUAGUUUAAAUAAGUUGCUGACAUUGUUCACAGCAAUGUUAGAUUGUGUUGUAAAGUUUAAAACUGCUUCUCAAAGCCUUUCCUUUAUCUUUUCAAUAAACUAUUUUUCUUGAUGAUAUGAA